UUUGUGACAGCAAACGGGUCCAUGACAGCACUGGAUUUACCAACAGGCGUUCCACCACCAGUCCCGUCAGUGCCACCACCGGAUGAUAUAGAGGAUGGCGUUGAGAGUAACCUGGAACGUUCACGCUGGAGCAGUUGCACUGAUUCAUCUGGAUUUAUGGGCAUCAACAAGCCGAUCAACUCCAUUUAG